GCCGCGGAACCCGAACUUGCGGCUGGACUUUCGGAGACCUUUGCCUCGCUCCCGGACCGGUCAGUCUCUGCCGGACACACCGCGCUGCCGCCGCGUCGGGAGCUCGGAGCGCCUCGGAGCCACCGCCGCAGCCCGGCGCGCCCCGUUGCACGUGGCGGACCCGCCCCCUGUGCCGGCCGCGACCUGGACGCCGCGGGCCUCUGCUCCCCGGUGCUCCGUUCCCCGGUGCUCCGCGGGGACCCCGGCCGGGCCAUGAGCUUCUUGAGCCGGCAGCAGCCGCCGCCCACCCGCCGCGCCGCGGCCGCCUGCAGCCUGCGGCAGAAGCUCAUCUUCUCGCCCUGCAGCGACUGCGACGAGGAGGAGGAGGAGGAGGAGGAGGAGGGCAGCGGCCACAGCACCGGGGAGGACUCGGCUUUCCAGGAGCCCGACUCGCCGCUGCCGCCAGCGCGUAGCCCUGCGGAGCCCGAGUGCGAUCGCCAGCGCCGCCGCUCGCCUGGCACAGUGCCGGGCAGCCCCGGAGACCUGGAGGAGGACAUGCUGCUGCAGGCCGGCUGCACGGGCGCGGACUCGGCGGGCGGUGGCGCAGAGGGCGACUCGUGGGAGGAGGAGGGCUUUGGCUCAUCGUCGCCCGUCAAGUCUCCCGCCGCCGCCUACUUCCUGGGCAGCUCGUUCUCGCCGGUGCGCUGCGGCGGCGGCGGCGGCGGCGGCCCGGGGGACGCGUCCCCGCGGAGGUGCGGGGCUCGCCUGGCCGUCGGGGGUCCAUGCACACCGCUGCCGGACUACCCCGGCACGCCUCCGCACAAGACUUUUCGCAAGUUGCGCCUCUUCGACACGCCGCACACGCCCAAGAGUUUACUUUCCAAAGCUCGAGGAAUUGAUUCUACCUCUGUUAAACUCCGGGGUGGUUCUUUGUUCAUGGACACAGAAAAAUCAGGAAAACGUGAAUUUGAUACUCGGCAAACUCCUCAAGUGAAUAUUAAUCCCUUUACUCCGGAUUCUGUGUUGCUUCAUUCCUCAGGACAGUGUCGUGGGAGAAAGAGAGCGUAUUGGAAUGAUUCCUGUGAAGACAUGGAAGCCAGUGAUUAUGAGUUUGAAGAUGAAACAAGACCUGCUAAAAGAAUUACAAUUACUGAAAGCAAUAUGAAGUCACGGUAUACAACAGAAUUUCAUGAGCUGGAAAAAAUUGGUUCUGGAGAAUUUGGUUCUGUGUUUAAGUGUGUGAAGAGGCUAGAUGGAUGCAUUUAUGCCAUUAAGCGGUCAAAAAAGCCAUUGGCUGGCUCUGUUGAUGAGCAGAAUGCUUUGAGGGAAGUAUAUGCCCAUGCUGUACUUGGACAGCAUUCCCAUGUGGUUCGGUAUUUCUCUGCCUGGGCAGAAGAUGAUCAUAUGCUUAUACAGAAUGAAUAUUGUAAUGGUGGAAGUUUAGCAGAUGCUAUAAGUGAAAACUACAGAAUCAUGAGUUACUUUACAGAAGUGGAGCUGAAGGAUCUCCUUUUGCAAGUUGGCCGAGGCUUGAGAUACAUUCAUUCAAUGUCUUUGGUUCACAUGGAUAUAAAACCUAGUAAUAUUUUCAUAUCACGAACCUCAAUUCCUAAUGCUGCCUCUGAAGAAGGAGAUGAAGAUGACUGGAUAUCCAACAAAGUUAUGUUCAAAAUAGGUGAUCUUGGGCAUGUAACAAGGAUCUCUAGCCCACAAGUUGAAGAAGGUGAUAGUCGCUUUCUAGCAAAUGAAGUUUUACAAGAGAAUUAUAGCCAUCUACCGAAAGCAGAUAUUUUCGCUCUUGCCCUCACAGUGGUAUGUGCUGCAGGCGCCGAUCCUCUUCCUAGAAACGGAGACCAGUGGCAUGAAAUCAGGCAGGGUCGGUUACCUCGGAUUCCACAAGUGCUUUCCCAGGAGUUUACAGAGCUGCUGAAACUUAUGAUUCAUCCUGAUCCAGAGAGGAGGCCUUCAGCAAUGGCGCUGGUGAAGCAUUCCGUGUUGCUGUCUGCAUCCAGAAAGAGCGCAGAGCAGCUUCGGAUAGAACUCAAUGCUGAAAAGUUCAAAAACUCACUUUUGCAGAAAGAACUCAAGAAAGCCCAGAUGGCAAAAGCUGCAGCUGAGGAGCGAGCGCUCCUCACGGAUCGGAUGGCCACUAGGUCCACCACCCAGAGUAAUAGAACCUCUCGACUUAUUGGGAAGAAAAUGAACCGCUCUGUCAGCCUUACUAUAUACUGAACUACUCACCUCCUCACUCCCCCAAUAAACUGUGACAGGAAGAAGCUAGGUUGAAAUUACUCCUAGAAUCUACUUUGCAAUUACUUUUUCUGGUAUCAGUAAUUUUACUGAAAUACCUUUUAGGACCUUGUGAAUUACAGUUAAGAGCUGUAUUUUGACUGUUGGCUGUAUCAGGCUUUUGUCUACUCUUACCCUGUUUCCUGUAGGAUGUCAGUCACUGUUGGAUGUUACCCCAGCCUUUGCAGGGUUAACCCCUGUGGUGGUGUGCUGCUUAUCAUUCACUGUUGCAUUGUAACAAAAGGUGUCUUUCCUUGUAGUGACCUGUAGAAAGGGACUCAAGGGCUUUAUUAUAGGCAUACUCUCCUUUCAAAAAGGGAAACGCUAAGAGACUCAGUACUACUCAGCCUCUGAUGUACCUGUGUCAAUCUUGUAUUUCUUUUUUCCUAUUGUGAAUUAUACUUGUAUAUCCAACUGGGAGCACUUUGUAGGCAUUGCAUGAACCAUGGGAUAAUAAUUCUGUGGAAGUAUUGCCUUGUGAAUUUGCUGCUAUUUUAGUUUUGUCUUGCUGUAAAAUUGUAGCAUUAAACAAUCAUUGUUGUUAAUAGGCUUUCUUUGAAACAAUUAUGUGAAACAUGGCUGCUCUUGAUGAAAAGCAGCUGUUUGCCUUUUUUUCUUUGAACUUUGAAGCUAGUGCAUUGAACAAAUGCACCCCUCCCCCUUCCCGUUUGAAUGCUGUAUUAAUGUAGUAUAAUUAUUACUGGUUUUGUAAUUUUUCUUUAUAAUGUCCUCUGACUUUUUAAAGCUGUCUCCUUCCUCCUCAAGUUUUUACUUGGUUGUAUGGUUAGUCUAUUUUUAAAUGUCUUGCCUGGUUUCUCUUCAAUACUUGUGUAUAUAAACUGAUCUUGGAAAUACUGUAAAUAGCUGUGUUUGAAAUGCCAGAAUGACUUCUGACUAUUCCAAGUUUUCCACAAAAUAUAUUUUAUCUGUGAUUAGCCAUUUGACUAAUAGAUAUUCCCC